GUAAAGUAAAAAAAUGGCGUAUCGAUCAAACGUUUCGUUAGGUUAGAGUUGCAUUAAAUAUUUUGAGACAACACUUUAUGAGAGACAGUAAAUUAAAAUUAAAUGAAAAUAGACAUAUAAAGAGCAGGAAAUUUAUUAUGUUAAAUAUGAACAUUUCUUAAUUCAUCGUUUAUAAUAUAUUUUCAGCUCGGUUCUUGUCAAGAUGAGAAAAGACUCAAGAAGAAAAUAAUAGACGAAUAGCUUUAUUUUGAUAGAACAGAAAAAAUUAUUGCAGCAGCUAAAUUUUAAACCAAAAAAUGUUUAAAAAUACUUUCCAAAGUGGAUUCUUAUCCAUUCUGUACAGCAUUGGCAGUAAACCGUUGCAAAUCUGGGAUAAAAAGGUGAGAAAUGGACAUAUUAAGAGGAUCACUGACAAUGACAUCCAAAGUCUUGUUCUGGAAAUACUGGGCAGCAACGUUAGUACAACGUAUAUUACAUGUCCUGCAGAUCCAAGAAAAACUUUGGGUAUAAAGUUACCUUUCUUGGUGAUGAUCAUUAAAAAUCUGAAGAAAUAUUUCACAUUUGAAGUUCAGAUUAUCGAUGAUAAAAACGUACGUCGCAGAUUCCGCGCUAGCAACUAUCAAUCUACAACAAGAGUAAAACCAUUUAUUUGUACUAUGCCAAUGAGACUGGAUGAUGGGUGGAAUCAAAUACAGUUCAACUUGGCUGAUUUUACACGCCGAGCCUAUGGAACAAAUUAUGUAGAGACAUUGAGGGUACAAAUUCAUGCUAAUUGUAGGAUACGACGAGUGUACUUCUCAGAUCGAUUGUAUUCCGAAGAUGAAUUGCCAGCAGAAUUCAAAUUAUUCUUACCCAUUCAAAAUAAGGCAAAAUGUUAGGAUAUAGUGAAGAAAUAUGUGCUUUCGAUAAAAGGAAAGUAUUGUCUUCUUUUUCAAACUUAUUUAAAUUUAUUACAAAAUAAAACAUUUCAUAUAUUGAUGACCGUCUUUAUAAAUCG